AUGGCUCUAGCUAAUACCGCUCACAGCUCCACUAAUAUUAUGAAUAAACUCAAAAACAUAAAUUAUAUUGGCAGUGAGCCUGCAUUCAUUUUCAUUUCCAUGAUUCGUGAAUUAAUCAAUCCAAUUCGUCCUGAGGAAUAUUUUCACUUAGAACUAAUUAUUAUUAAUUACAUACUAAACUCCUUAAACGGUGAUUAUGCUUCCAUUAGAGAUCACUUCUCACAGCCACCCCAAUAUACUAUCGAAGAUAUCUUCGCAUCCAUCCGCAGCAAGUAUGAAUACAUGAAAAUGAACAAGAGUAUCAACACCACCUCCACUUCUCAAACUGAUACUUGUCACACCUGUUCCAGACCACUACAUAAGAGAAUCAUUUGCCAAUUAGGUAACAAAUCCGGGCAUAGUGCAAAAAACUGUUACCAUCAUAAUUUUCAAACAAUAAUGUGUCACCUGUCAAAAACUAACUUUUAA